GGCGGCCGGCGGGCGCCUAUUGCUCUUGUAAAAAUAACGAAGCAGCCAAGCUCACCCAAUCGCACCCACCCACACCCUUGUUCUUGCAGGCCCUCAAAUCCAUCGCCAUGGCCUCCGAAUCCCCGAGAUCUCCUCGUCAACAUGCGCCCGCAUAGCCCCUAGAUCCACCACCCCGCUCUCCUAUCUCGCCUCACGCAGCGCAGUCGACGCCUGACCCGCCUACGAGACUGCAGGCAGUGCUGCUCGCACGGUUUCUGGCGCUGCGGUGUUCGUCCGGCGCCUUCGGCCCCAGAUCCACCUCCUCCCUUUCGCUGAUUAUAAGAGAACCACCUUCUGUCCGCCUCCAGCCUGUCUGGUAUGGAGAUCUUUGUUAAGACCCUCAGUGGCAACACGAUCACCGUCAAGGUAGAUCCAUCGGACACCAUCUACAUUGUAAUGGCGAAGAUUCAGGAUCAGCAGUGUCUUGUGUUUGGCAGGGAGGAGCUGGAGGACCGAUUGACUCUGGCCGAUUACGACAUUCAGGAUAAAUCCACUCUUCAACUUGAUUUGCGCCCCCAAAGAAGGAAGAUGCUAAUCAUACUUAAAGCAUUGACUGGCAAGGACAUCGCCCUUGAGGUUGAGAACUUGGACACCGUCGACAAUGUCAAGGCCAAGAUCCAGGUCGAGUUGAACAUUCCUGUGGACCUACAAAGGCUCAUCUUUGCCUCGAGACAGAUGGAGGACUUCCGCACCAUGGAGGAGUAUGGCGUCAAGCAGCAGGACAUCAUUCACCUCGUGCUCCGCAUCCGCGGCUGACUAAGGAGUGCUUCCCAGAUUUCUUCUCAGCAUGCUACAAUUUGUCUAGUCGUGU